AUGUCUCUGCAGCCGCAUCAUAUCGGAGUGGGUUGCAUCCUUCGUCCAGAUUUCCAUUGUCCAAAAAUUAGUGCAGGCAUUCCAUGUGAAUGGAAAAAGCUUGUGAAAUGCCAAGACAUAAAACCAGUUCUAAAAUUUCUAUCCGUUGACAUUUACCAGAUGACUGGGACGCGGAAAGAUCCUGACCUAGGUGGUGCCCAGUACUCUCCCAUCGGACAUUACUCUCCUCGACCAGAUGAGAGCACACUACAUCCUGAAAAUUACCGUUCCCGAUACUGGCUUCGAGGGCCUAAUCAAUGGGAAUCAGGGACAAUUAAUGCGGCGCGCAAGAAAAGUUGCUAUGGAGUUCUCGAAUUGGAAGAGCAUUCUCACCUACGCCUACCACAUGUUUAUACCCAGAAACUAGACCGGUUCGAAGCUUUUAGGGGCGAUAAUGCUCAAGCUAUGGCUUAUAGACUAGAUGAGUCUUCCUAUUAUAGACUUAUGGACAGAUUAGGCUUACAUGCUGGCAAUUAUACUCCUGAUGUUGCACCAGGAGCGCCACCUAAACAAGCUACUCCACCAACAAUUUCAUGUCCUUCUAUUCUGCCGUCAAAUGAUAGUAGAGAUUCAUCGAAUCAACAGUACCUUUCCAACGACCUGUUCCGCCCAGCGCAUACGAAAAAUGGUCCAUCCCAAGACCAGCGACGCUCUAAGUCGGGUCGGAUGAACGGUCAAUCACCUUCAUCAUAA